AUGACGGUUACUAGGAAGAAACAACCUAUCCCCAUUAUCUAUCAUCUUGACCUGUUUCCUAUCAAUAAAGUACAAGAAGAAAAAGAUCUCGGUGUACUAAUGACCAGUAACCUAUCAUGGGAUUCCCACAUCCAAAGAAUAUCUGCGAAAGCUAAUAGAAUGCUCGGGCUACUGAAAAGAACCUGCCCUCUCUUGACUCAAGUGCAUGUCAGGAGAACUCUGCAUUUGGCCCUUGUCAAAUCACAAGUAUGCUACGCAAGUGAAGUCUGGUCUCCUCACCAAAGUAACCUGAAAAUCAAAUUAGAGCAAAUACAAAGGCGUGCUACUAGAUGGAUCCUGAAG